CUUGUACGAGCGCCAAGUUUCUCCCGUUCUUAUUCGCAAUUCGCAAUGGCGCAGACGGACGCAACAAUGUUGGGUGGCUGGAGCCAUCCGCCCCAGGAAGCUGAUGCAUACAUCCAGGCCAUUUGUGAUAAAGUGGAGAAGAAGGUUGCGACGGGCAUCAACGUUGAGAAAUUCCUGAUGUUCCACGCUACACUCUACAUAUCGCAGGUUGUUUCUGGAAUGAACUAUCGGAUAAAGGUUCGGAUCAGCGAGGAGUCUCAGAUUCGCAUUCAAGUGUACCAGCCUCUUGGAGAAACUGCACCCGAACUAACGGCUGUCGGUCAAGACGGUCCUCUGAACAAUCAUCCUUUCUAAACUACCCUACACUCACUCAAUUUACGUACUUAUUUUUUUACGAGCAUACGAGCUUGUACAUGCACAUGUGCGCACAUACUAACACAAUUUUCUGCACUAGGUUGUUAAAAUAGACUUUGACAACGCGAGGCCUUUCUCUCUUUCACUCGUCAUCAUUUUGUUGCGAAAUUCCGUUCGACUAUGAUUUACGCAUGUUGUUGUAUUUGGUUCUUGUCUCGUAGAGUCCAGUGUCAGAUGUCAUUUAUUUCCUCCGUGGUCUGGAUGUCUUGGUAUUAGUCAUGUUUUCUGUACGUAUUAUUCCCUGAUUGGUCGUCCCGAUUUGUCGUCGCUCUAUUACUGCUUGUUCUUUGUUGUUUCUUGUUGUCUUUUCCGGUGUGUAUUUUUACUUUGUCUUUCGUGUCACCUUAGUUUUGGUCCUUGUGCCCUUUUCGUUUAUAGAAGAAGUCAACAACUCUACCAAGUUGUUUGCAUUGUUGUGUGGCAGGAGCCAGGGGAGAAGGCAAUACUAUUUCAAUUU